AUAUUAAUCAUCCAUAACCUUAGUAAUUCAAUUCUAAGCUUUUUUCAAUGAAGCGAUUAUCCGGUAUUAUCGUUUUGUCAAAUGGUGGCAAUGGUCAUAUUUAAUAUGGCCGCAGUGGCAAAGUGUAGUUGAAACUGUGUAAAAUAAUCAUAGAUUAAUUUUUGUGUCACUAGUCGUAAGAUAGUUGACAUCCUUGUAUUACGAGUUCCAUGGCUUGCAACGAAGGUGUACAGGCUACUAAUGACGAUGCAAGUGAAUGUAAACGCUGUGCAGCUCAGUUGGGUUAUUGGGAAGAUCGGUAUAUUUCGUUAUUUGUACGCGCGGGAGAGAAAAAACCUCCGGAAAUAAAUCGUGGAUAUUAUGCAAGGGCAAAAGGAGUAGAAAUGUUUAUUGAUAAAUUUUUAAAGAAAAGUGGGAGUGAACGUCAAAUUGUCAACUUGGGAUCUGGCUUUGACACUUUAUAUUGGAGGCUGAAGGAUUCAAAUAAGAAUGUAACAAAUUUCGUGGAGAUGGAUUUUCCCAGUGUCACUGCUAGAAAAUGUUACUUAAUAAAGAGAAAUAAAGUACUGCUUGACAAAAUACACGUGGAAGAUGGAGAAGUACGGCUUAGUGCCACAGACCUGCAUGCAGGAAAUUAUCACAUUGUUGGGGUUGAUCUUCGCAACCUGCAUGAGGUUGAAGUGAAACUAAAUGAAUCCGAGGUGAAAUUCAAUAUUCCAACUUUGUUCUUAGCAGAGUGUGUUCUGGUCUACAUUGAUGCACCACAGGUGGAGCAGUUGCUUAGCUGGAUAGCAAAGAAGUUUGAUUCUGCUUUAUUUGUUAAUUAUGAGCAGGUAAAUAUGGGAGACAAAUUUGGAGAUGUAAUGUUGCGAAAUCUACGAGCACGUGGCUGUCCAUUGGCUGGAGUGGGUGCAUGCCAAAAUCUCGACACACAAAGACAGAGGUUCCUGACAACUGGGUGGAAUGGGUCACUAUCAUGGGACAUGGUGGAAGUAUAUGCCGCACUCCCAGCCAGUGAUCGACAACGUAUUGAACAUAUUGAAUUUCUGGAUGAACAGGAGUUGCUCAUCCAAUUGUUCCAACAUUAUUGUAUAUGUAUUGCAUGGAAAGGAGAAAUGUUCUCCAAAAUUGACAUCACUUAAAACGUUAAUAGACGUGUUUAGACACGUAUCUCAUAAUUUUACUGUUUCAGUGUGAUCUGUUAUUGCAUACGACAAAGUGUCCUGAUAACGGAGCCAUGUUUUGUCCCCUCUUCUCCCAAUACUUAAAGCAGCAUUGCAACUGGCUUUCUCUUCAUUAUUCUGAGACAUCAUACCUAACUUACCUAUGAUAAUUCUUUAACUCUCAGUCUUUAUUUUUCAUUUUCAGAAUUGUAGAAUGUCUUUAUGAAUUCAUAUGCAGUAAGCAAUUCAUCAGACUACCACAGAAGCUCAACCAUUUGCCAAAAAGGGAAACUUAUUUUUUUGACAACCUUGAUACUUCAGUGACAGUUUAAGUGACUGAAGUAUUGGAGAUUGUUACCUAAACUGUUCUCUUUCAAUACCAUACCGAAAAAGGCAUCACAUAAUCUACAGACAUAAGUGCUGAACCCUCCAAAGCAGUAGUUCCUAUGUGAUCAUUCAGAGAAUUCGAGAUUCACUUGCACACAGAGCCAAGGUGGAUUAUUAAAAGUAUCAAUGUAAUAUUUUGUUAACAAAUUUAUCUGUUUACACAUUGUAGUAGCCUUACUAUUACAGUUAAAGAACUAAUAACACUGAGACUUGUAUUCAGAGUAGGUACCUGAUUCAAAUCUUAGCCAAUUUUCUAUCUCUCCUCAAGUUUUUCAUGGGUUUCCUCAGUAUGUUAAGGUAAAAUAACUAUGGGAUAGUAUGUCCAAACAGCCAUCACCGCUCCCUUCCAAAUCCUGCCCAUUAAACAGCAUUAUUAACUUAAGCAUCAGUUGUAAUGCUCUUAAAACAGCUUGAAAUAAAACAACAGUCUGACAAAAAGUAACCUUGGAACUGAGAAAUUCUUUUCUUUUCAUUGGCUCUGAAAGUAUUUGUGGACCAAGGUUCUACCACUCUUCAGUGCCAGGUCACUGUGGUACCUGUUGUUUUCUGGGCUGCUAUUCAAACAUUUUUCUGUAUUUGAAUAUAAAAAUGUGUAAAACUUGUAGCUCUUGACUUCAUCAUAUACCUCACUUCUUAAGAGAUGCUGAGGCCAGAAAUGUUUAUGUUCAACCUAUGCCUUCAUAAGCCAAGAAGUAUGGAAAGUUGCGACUGGCAUAACUAAUUUGAAAUUGAUUAUAGCUAUUUAUACAAUCUGCAUUUAUAAUAAACAUCUUACUCCUCACAUGUGCUUAAAUCUUCUUUACAAAGCUUUCUGAACCAUCUGAAAUCUCUUCUGUCGCUCUCAUAAGAAAUACUGGAUGUGCAAAGGUUAACUAUGCAGACAUUGUCAUAGUGUGAUAUCUGUAUGAAAAUACAUAUUUAUUGUCACAGGUUUCACUGUUAUAUCCUCAGCUCUUCUUCUUUGUCUACCAUCCACACACAUUAAGGUGAAGACUGUUCCAACUCCACAGCCAUUUUUUAAGCUCUCCUCCUAUGUCUGUACCCACAUUAUUUGGAGAUUAUGUAUUUCAACCAUUUCCUGAUUUGGAUACUUCAAAGUUGGGGAAGAACCUUUAUUAGAUUAUAUGGCACUGAAGUUGUAAUCAUGUAUGUUGUGGUAGGCCUGCAGGUUUAAGUAAUUUUCUGUUUCCAUUGUCAUUUCUAUACUGGCACACUUUAAAUGUCUGAUGUUCAUCAGUGUCACUGGCAAGUGCUCUAUGCUUUGUCAAGUCAGUAUGAUUAGCCAGAACACAGCAAAAUGAAAAUAAUACCAACUUUAACAAAUCAGACCAUAACUGUGGUUUCUGUUGUGAAUAUUUUAUAAAACAGCAUGCAGAAACCUCAGAGCAACGUCUUCCCAUAUGUCAUUAUCAUGCCAAAACAAACAUUUUGAUAGUUAUAAUCACUGCACAAACAAGAAACUAUCUUUCAGAAUGAGUAACUAUGGUGGUAUUUCUUACAGUUCACAACUUAUGAAAUGUUUUAAUCAUCAUGUACAUUUACUUGAAUGCUGUAAGAGUUGAAUGUUUUUGUGGAAAAACAAGUAAAUCCUGAAUCAUGUAUGGUGUUCUCUGACCAUAUUCACAUUAUUUGCUGAAUAGUAAGAAACUUUCCUUAUUAAAAAGUAAAACAUUUAAAUCUAUUUUGUAGCAAACAAACUCUGAUUAUAUAUCACCUUAUUUCACAAAAGUUCACCUGAAAUAUCACAAUCAAAAAGUCCAUUACAAAAUAUUAUUGGACAUGCUACAAGACUAUUACUGCACAGAAACACAGAUUUUAAUUUUUACUUUACACUUACACUUUUAAUUACAUAAUUCUCACACGUCCAGCCCACAAACCUGAUCUUCUCUCAGCCUUUAUUCAAUGUCUUGAUAUGAAUCCUAAGACAAAUAAUGAUGGCCUUAAACAGAAGUAAAAUCCAUGCCACUCUAGUGUAGAAAACCAAAAUUAACAGCUAUGGGGAUUCGUUGCGCUGACCACGUGACACUAAAGUUGGCAGUAACUUCACCGACAAGUGGUGGUCGCUUGGUCGGUAUAGUUCGCUUGCAGACUAAUGCCACGGAGUUCGUUUUUUAUGAUCCAUUCCACAGCUCAAGCCAUUGUCAGCUUCUCACCACUGAGCUAUACAUUUAAUCUCGGUACAGUCCAUGUGCAGUGUGGCACUGGGGCAGGUUUUUCUCCAAAUACUUCAGUUUUCCUCUGCCAAUUAUCAUUCUACCAAUGCCCAUUCUAUUAUCUGUCAGGGCUGGUACAGUGGGCCCAUCUGCAGUCUAUGUACUAAUGUAUAGAAUGUGCUUUUAAUGUCCUACUGACUUGUAAUGAUUUUAACCUCAAAAAGUGCUGAAAUACAUUUUUAGUGUGAAACAUA